AUCAUUAAUUGACAGAAGAUUGAGCAACACAAACUUUCCUAAGUAUAUUACUUCAUUAUUAUCCAUUUAAGCAGCACCAAACAUAAAUCACGCAGGAGUGAAAAUAUGUCCACAUGAUAAAACACAAAACCUAAAUAUAUAUAGAGAGAGACAAACACUAACAUAUGCUUGCGGAGCUAAAUCAUGAGCAACUCGACAGUGUUUCUUGUAAUUACUCUUCUUUUUAUUUUAGCCAGAUUAACUGCGGCCAGAAACAUGAAUCCGUUUGUCGGAGUCUGUGAUGGAAGAAACGGAGACAAUCUCCCAUCUCCGGCACAAAUAGUAUCUCUAUACAAGAAAAUAAACGUUGCUGGGAUAAGACUAUACGAGCCUGUCCCCGACCUCAUCGUCUCAUUACAAGGAACUGGUCUUCUCGUAGCCAUCGGACCAAAAAACGAAGAAAUCAAAACAUUAGCCGAACAUUACGAAUUUGCCUUAAAUUGGGUAAAAACGUUUAUAGCACCAUACAAAAACGUAGCUUUCAAUUGGAUCACUGUGGGAAACGAAGUGAUCGAAGGAGAGAUCGGACGUUACGUGCCACAAGCCAUGAAGAAUAUAAAAGCUGCAUUGACCGAAAUCGGAAACUCAAAGAUCCACGUCACCACCGUCAUAUCCACAGCCGCACUCGCUAACUCUUACCCACCAUCAGCCGGAGUAUUUAAACCGGCGAUAACCGAACUUAUAACCGAAAUCGUAUCGAUUCUUAGCUCUACCGAUUCACCACUCAUGGUCAACGUUUACCCUUAUUUCGCUUACGCAUCAGACCCUACCCAAGUGUCAUUAGAAUACGCAACGUUCCGUUCGACUUCACCGGUAGUGACAGACGGAAAAUACCAAUACACGAACAUAUUUGAUGCAACGUUGGAUGCUUUCAACGCAGCGUUAGAGAAGAUCAACCACGGAAGCGUGAAGGUGUACGUAGCGGAGACUGGUUGGCCUACUAGAGGAAAUGUUCCAUACACGAGCGUGGAGAAUGCUCGUGCCUAUAACCAGGGGUUGCUUAAGAAACUAACCACAGGUCAUAAGGGUACUCCGAGACGGCCUAAUGUCCCUGUGAUGACUUUUUUCUUUGAAAUGUUCAAUGAGGAUUUGAAAGAAGGAGAGGUAGAAAAAAGCUUCGGAUUCUUCAAUCCUGAUAUGGCUCCUGUCUACGAUAUGUGGAAUAUAAAUGUCUCUAGCUACGACAAGGAAGGCUAUAGUUGGGUUAUUUGGACUAUGCUCAUAAUAACCAGUUUGUUUUUAUUUUAUUUUAUUUAAUGUCGAAUUAUUUUUAAAAAUUGGUGUUCAUCGAGAAAAAGAUAAUGUGUUAAUUCAAAUAUAGGUCCUCGUAAUAUUUCGCCUAUAUUCUAGAACAUGGGUCGCCAGUAUUCAAAUAUAUGUCGAAUUAUUUUUAAAAAUUGGUGUUCAUCGAGAAAAAGAUAAUGUGUUAAUUCAAAGAUAAUGUCGAAUUAUUUCGCCUCUCUCCAAAAUCUGGACCUCGUAAUAACAACAAAU